GUUGGUGGGCGGGGCAUCACACAUGGGCGCGCUGCUGUUUUGACCACAUGAACCAGUAGCCGAUAUGCUCAUAUAAUGAUCAAUAGACAAGCGGGUGCGCGCACACACCUUGCGCCCGUGGUCAUCUUAGAGACUAGUUUGCACGUUGCGACCAGCGAACGUGCUGAAAUCCUAGCAAGCCUUCCUUCGCAAGUGCGCGUCUGCACGCGGAGUGCCAUUGCUCAGGCAAAGAGUAUUUCCAGCAUGAAGGUCGCGGUUGUCGCCGCCGCGCUCGCAGCCCUUGUGGCCGUGGCCGCCGCGCAGCCUCCUCCUCCCGGAUUCGCCCGCUUCCCCUACGGCUCCUGCAGCAAGAGCUCGCCCUACCGCACCUACGAAGCCACCUUCCCUCAGGGACAGAGCGGCAACGUGUUCUGCUGGACGCUGCAAUACCAGGGCGGCCGCUGCUCUGACCCCGGCUUCCAAGCCUGUUGCCAGAACGAUGUGCACAAGUUCUCGCUCGCUUUCGAGCCCUCGUGCGCGCCCGGCUUUAAGGCCUCCGCCACCCUGGACGGCAAGGCCAUCGCCGCCAACAACGUGGUCCUGGAGACGCCGCCCAACGCCGACAAGCGUAUGACCCUGGCCGUCAAGAACCUGGGCCUGGCGGGUCCGGAGGUGGAGGGCCGGCAGGUGUGCAUCACCGUACAGGCCGGCAACUGCCGUACCCUGGCCAGCAUCCUGCCCGUGUUCGAUCAGUCGCCCCUGUGGCAGAACUCGCUUUGGUCGGACGACCACGCCUGCUGCGGCGUGUCGCGCGGCUCCCCGCCGUCUCCCCCGCCCUCGCCCAACCCCCCCUCUCCCCCUCCUCCCUCCCCCAAGCCCCCCUCGCCUCGUCCUCCAUCUCCUCCCCCUCCCUCUCCCGCCCCUCCCUCGCCUCCUCCUCCCUCCCCUGCGCCCUCUCCUCCUCCUCCUUCGCCCGUCCCUCCCUCUCCUCCUCCUCCCUCUCCGGCCCCUCCCUCGCCUCCUCCCCCCUCCCCCAAGCCCCCGUCGCCUGCCCCGCCCUCCCCUCCUCCUCCCUCUCCUAAGCCUCCCUCGCCGCCUCCCCCCUCGCCUCCUCCCACUUGCGAUUUCUGCGUUGACUACUUCCUUUUCCCCGGCCUUACCCGGCCCGAGCUGCCCUGGUUCGACUACUAUUGUGACGAGGCUGUCUUCAACCUGUUGGAGAUUUACCAGCCCUUCAAGGAUGACGGUACCAUUAUAUCUGGUGCCGGAGAAGCUGACAUCAUUUGCAAGGGGACCAACGUCACCGUUUGCGGUGUCACUAAGAAUGAGGAGGCUGGCCGCAUCAUGGCUCAGUCCCUGCGCGAAGACUCCCUGUUCCAGGCCGCAGCCAUCCUUGGCAUUGACACGGGCCGUUGCUACCCCGCCCUGAGCGGGUACACCUUCAUCACCACCCCUGCUCCCGGAUACGACAACAGCCCGUGCACUCCGCAGCCGUCCGCGGUCCCCAUGUGCGGACCUGCACCUCCCAGCUGGCCUGAGUACCCCUCGUGCCGUGGCAAGAGCGCAAACGACUACUUCCAGUUCCUGGUUGGCACCCGGUACACGGUGGCCUACGGAGAUAAGACCAGUGAAUACUGCGUUCCUAUCGAGAUAAACGACAUCAACGCUCAAGACGCGCGGGGCCAGACCUGCUACGGCAAGAACCUGAACAAGGUUCAGUUCUACCUGGACUACAGCCGGCGCUACCAGAUCACCGGCAUUGCCAUCAAGUACAACAACGGGUCUACCUUCACCCGUUCGCAGUCGUGGGGCCCCGUGGGCAGCAACUCCCUCAAGAUCACCAGUUUGGAUUGGAGCGUGUCUGACGUGGCCCGGCUGGAGCCCCAGAUCUGCCUCACGAUCAAGUCGGGCACGACGCUGACCGACCUCUCUAUGGACAAGACGAAGACGCUGUGGGCUGCGACCUUCAGCGCGGAUCACUACUGCUGCCCGAUCCAAGCGGGCUCGCCGUUCACCACUGACGGAGUGCCGGUUGAGCUGUAAAUGUUAGUUGAUAGGUUUGCAUUUCGUGUGACGCCAUUCCUAAUACUGUGACGGCGUGCUUGCGUUCACUGGCCUCACGAUGAGGCGCAAACCUGGACACAACGCUGCCGCAAUAAGUAAUCUUACUUGGUCAAGAGUAAGACCCCCCGUGUAACCGCAUCAUGUCAACUCCUGGGUAAAACCCCGUCCAAUCCAUGCAUGGGAGUCCACGUGGGAGUCUCGCUCUCCACACCCUAAUCCACAUCCACCUUUGACCAGCUGCAGCACAGAUAAAUUGAGGGUAGCUUAGACCUUAUGCUUUACGUUGUCGUGCAUGCGGUGCCUGUUGGGUAAUGGUUUCAGACUACCGAGUCAAACGUAGUAGUAAGAGCACCGACCGUUUAUGAGCCGGAGAAUAUCUUUUGCUAUUUGGGGGACACGGCGGUAUCUAGACGUUUGGGGCAAGCUUUGGGGGGCUUCUGUUUCCGGGAGUAUGGCCAGUCCGCAGGGGGCCAUCUACGCUGAGUAGGUGCCGCGGGCCUCGGGGCAGCAGCUGCAAGAUACAUAUGGGCAGCGGCGGAUCGGCUCUUACCCAUGGACUCCACGAAAGCGUUUACGGCCCACUGCGAUGCGGCGUGUGGGCCGUAAGCGCCAGUGUCGCGGCAACAACCUUUAAACUGCCUCUACUUGA